CCUCUCGCGAGCGGCGCGAGGCGCGGAGCCGGUGGCCGCGGAGAAGCCCGGAGCGAGCUCGGGCGGCAGGUGGAAGCUGUGCUUUGCGCCCCUGUCAUGAGCUCCCGUGGUCUUUCUAACCAUCCUAUCCCCCCUGCGUGAGCGUGGCGAAGACCUCCUAAGCCAGAACUCUGCCCAGACGUUAGAAUGCCAGGUCCACACUGCCGGGUUUAGGUCCAUCAGCACUGCAGAAAUGGCGGAAUUUGGGAUCUCAGCUGGCCAGGCUGUGGCGGUGGUCUGGGAUAAGUCGUCCCCCGUGGAGGCUCUGAAAGAGCUGGUGGACAAGCUUCACGUGUUAACUGGCAGCGAGGGCCAAGUGUCCGUGGAGAACGUCAACCAGCUGUUGCAGUCUGCCCACAAGGAGUCCAGCUUUGACGUGGUCUUGUCGGGCGUAGUCCCGGGCAGCAGCAUGCUACACAGUGCUGAGGUUUUGGCCGAGAUGGCGCGGAUCCUUCGGCCUGGGGGAUGUCUCUUCCUGAAAGAGCCAGUGGAGACGGCUGUGGUUAACAACGGCAAGGUGAGGACAGCGUCUAAACUGUGUUCGGCCCUGACUCUCUCCGGUCUCGUGGAAGUAAAAGAGCUGCAGCGUGAGUCCCUGAGCCCCGAGGAGGCACAGUGCGUCCAAGAGCACCUGGGUUACACGAGUGACGGCCUGCUCUCCGUGCAGAUCACGGGCAAAAAGCCGGACUUUGAAGUGGGUUCUUCCAGUCAGCUUAGGCUUUCCUCCGCCAAGAAGCCUUCGCAGGCGAAGCCUGCUGUGGACCCUGCCGUGGCCAAGCUCUGGACCCUCUCGGCCAACGACAUGGAUGACGAGAGCACGGAUCUCAUCGACUCCGACGAGCUGCUGGACGCGGAAGAUCUGAGGAAGCCAGACCCAGCUUCCCUGAGGGCUGCCUCCUGUGGGGAAGGGAAGAAGAGGAAGGCCUGCAAGAACUGCACCUGCGGCCUUGCGGAAGAACUGGAGAAGGAGAAGUCGGCACAGCAGAAGAGCUCCCAGCCCAAGUCGGCCUGCGGGAACUGCUACCUGGGCGAUGCCUUCCGCUGUGCCAGCUGCCCCUACCUCGGGAUGCCAGCCUUCAAGCCUGGGGAGAAAGUGCUCCUGAGCGCCAGCAACCUUCACGACGCCUAGGGGCCCCUCCGGCCGACUCCCGCCCCUCCGAGGCCGCCCCGGCUGCGCCCCCUCUCCGUUUGCAAUCCGUUUGCCGGAAGGUGCUUAGCAGACAGGGCUGCUGGCUGGGGCGCAAUGGUGCGCAGUGCUGCUAUGGAUCCAAAGACCAAGGACUGUGGGGCCUGCUGAACCCACGCGGGGGCCUGUUGCCCCUAGUGUGAGGAGAAACAGAAGCCCCUCUCCAGCUGCUAACACGCUGACCAGAGCCCCCUGAAUCUACAGCCUGCGGGGAGGUCCAGGCUGCUGCCCCGCACCCCUCAGGGCCUGGCAGCCUCGGGCUGGUGUCUCUUGUCUUCGGGGCACCGCAGGAGCCGUCACUCGCCGGUUGCUGUGACCCCGUCCCGUCCAGCGUCCCUCUGUCCCUUCCCACCACCCCAUUUGACUAUAGUGUUAGAUCUGUGUCCUGUUUCAUUUCUGUUAACCUACAGGUAUUAAACCCGCAGACUUCUACGAUCA